AUGCAAAAGAUGUUAAAGUUAAUGCUAAUGCUUCUAAUUUUCCAUUUUCUAAGAGCUACAAAUUAAAUUUGUAUUAAAAGAUAGGAUGAAUUAUUAUUGGUCAUCAGAGGUAAUUAUAAGAAUGUUUUACAAUUAAAUGGAGGAGCAAUAAUAUCAACAAAAUUAGAAAAUGGGUUUGGUUUUGAAGGAGGAAAUAUGGAAGCUGCCUUGAUGGGCCAUUUUACCAAUUUUUAUAUCAUACGUGGAACGUUCCAGGAAAAUCAAUUAUAUGAAUUAAAUACUUUAAAAAUUAGGUUUUUUGAUAAUGAUGGGAGGAUCUACAGCGUCAAUAUUUUUCUAUUAAAUGAGAAACAAGAAACUUUGAUUUAUGACGGCAAUGCUUAAAGUAUAUUUAUUUUAAAAUUUCCUGAUUAACUAGUUAAUGGAGUUAGAAUAUUAAAUGUGAGUGGAAGUACACUAAGUAAAUAUAUGUAUAUCUCAAAAGUAGAAGCCUUCUACACUUUAAGUAAAUAAUGA